AUGAUUUCUGUAGUAAAAGUUUCUGUGAGAGGCAUUGGCAAAAGUAUGGAAGUAGUGACUCUGUUACCACGCCAGCUAGAAAGGCUUCGGAUCCUCAUUCAAAAUAGGAAUGCCAAUGUGGGAGCCACAGAAGAAGGGAACAACUGCAGCCCGGAACGACGGCCAGCCACUUUUUCAGCUUCUGCCUCUGAAGGCGGCCAACGCACAGGAAGCCGACCAAGGUCACCAACAAGAGGCGUGGAGAAAUCGCCAACAAGAUCCCGGGCGUUUCACUUUUGUCGAGCAAGCAGGGACACUUCAAUCAGCGAUGGGGAAAAAGUUAGAACAUUCUGGACCUGCUGCAGUAAUUGUAAAAUCAGUCCCCAGGGUUUCAAACCACAGGCAGAAAAGCAACAAACCAAACCAUGUUCCAAAAGUGACCAGACGGAUAAUUAUUCCAAACAAGCCAACUCAUUCGCGAUCAGUGUCGCCACAGAGAGCACAAAUACGAGGCGAUCUGAUACUACAAUUUCAACAGCAGACACUGUGGAUUCCACAUGCCUAUCCUUCAUAUCGGCUGAAUCGGAGCAACCCAGUCACCUGUUGGAUGUGGAAGCUAUUGUAACCCUCAUGGAAUAUGCUCACAGAGAGGACAAGCAGUUCCUGGAUAACCACGAAGAAAACAUUGGUUUCCUCCGUGCCAUUUCUGCAAGUUGCGUGGCUGCACAAAAAAGUGGCCAAGACACGCUGGAUCUUCCAUAUACAAAAAAUCAGUUGACUGAGGCACUAGUGAUGGUGAUGGAGACACUGCCCAGCCACUCAGUCCCGUCUUUCAUUCUCUCCUGUUCUAUGCUUGCUGUCUACAACCUGAGCAAAAUGAAACCCCCGCUUGCUUCUGAGCUCGAAACAGGUAUUUUGCGACUGGCUCUUCAUGGUAUAUUCAGCAUGGAAACGCAAACAACCGACCCUCAUAGUGUGGCGCUCUACAGAUCAUCGUUUGAUACCAUGGAUAUUAUGCUGAAGGGCCUAUUGUCUGAGACACCUACCACCAGCCAUCUUCUAUUUAUAUUAGAGCACGUCAAUUUCUGGAUUCGUUCACAAGACCCUCAAGAGAGAUUCAGGGCCAUUAAUUGCAGCAUCUCCUUGCUUCGCCAUGUGAACCAGCAAUCAGAUUUUGAAAAAUCUGGGGCACUACCUGGUUUGGGACACCAGGUAGCACAAUUUGCAGUUUGUAUCACAGAUUCAGUGGAAGAAGUGAGCUAUCAAGCCAGAGACGCCAUUAGCUGCCUUUACCAGUUCCUCCUGAAUCAUAUGGAGAUUGCAGUAGUAGCUAUAGAUCAUCUGAGCUCUACUGGUCUGAUCUUCUUGUAUUCUACAAAGGUGGCUCAGUUAGCAAAGAAUCAGCAGCUAAUUGAAAGCUGCCAUGACAUGCUAUUCAGGAACAUCUUCACAGAGGGCCAGAAGAGAGCUUUUCUGCAGACCUCCUUGCUGGCCAUGUAUGAUCCCUUGAUGAGGAUAAGUCAGGCUGGAAUCCUUCUCGUCUAUUCCCUCUUGGGGAAGACAGCAGAAUUAAUGCAGAAAUCGGCAGAAGACGUGGAGAAGGAGAUCUACAAGCAACUUCACAAGCUUCGGAUUCUCCGAGAGGUGCCCGAAGCAUUGCAAAACUUUCUCCCAAAUUAAGGUACCACACUCCUGAGGACUGAAAGAAUGAAAUACUCAAGAAAGGAGGACAAGAAUAGCGGGAGAGAAAGAUUUUCAGUCUGUUUUCAACUGUUUCCUGUUGUAGUUUAACUUGUUUCCUCCUCCCAUCCCUAAUAGUGAGAAACCAUUUUUUUCUCCCUAGGAACCUUGAAGAACCUAUAGAUUUGUUUCCACCCAGAACUAAUUUUGUGCUGAAUCACAGAGUAGCAUUCAAUAUAACUGACACUUAAAAGCACCAGGCAGCAUAUGCCUAUGUAUGGUGUCACCAAGGGAGCAGUGAAUGAUACACACUACAUUG